GCAUACUCUGUUAAAAUUCCGGAUCUAUUUUUAUCCGGAUUCUAGCUAAGCCGAGGCGUUUGUCGAAAGAUGGCAGGGAAGCUAAAAGUUCUCCUGGUCCUGGGGACCAUUCGGGACGGACGACAGGGACUCAGGGUUGCCAAAUUUAUCAGGAGGAAAUUAGAGGAAAGGAAUUUCGACGUCACAUUCUUUGAUCCUUUGGAGAUGAAUUUCCCUAUGAUCACACAACCGGUACAUUUUUAUGGUCCGGAGAGAAAAGGAGCUCCAGAAAUUCUGCUAGAAAACGAAAAGCACGUCAAGGAAGCAGACGCUUACGUCAUAGUGUCGGCGGAGUACAAUCACAAUAUCCCGCCGGCACUCACAAAUUUACUUGACGCAUUCCCCUGCAGCGCCUACUCAUUUAAACCCAGUGGUCUUGUUACCUAUUCCAUGGGUCAGUUUGGUGGAAUGCGAGCUGCUAUGGCUCUGCGAACACUGACAGGAGAACUAGGCUGUCUUAGUGUAUCAAACAUUUUUGGAAUUCCUACGGUACAAAAAGCAUUUGAUGCCGAGGGUAACCCCCAAAAUGACCAUAUGGAAUCAGGAGCCAAGAAAAUGUUGGACCAGUUAGAAUGGAUGGCUUGGGCAAUGAAGAACCAUAGGGACAAAGUUGGAGUGCCCAGUUAACAGACAUCAAUGUUUAUACAUGUAUACUGAAUCAUGACAUAAUAGUUUUUUUGUGACUUUUUUUUUACUUUGAAUUUACAUGUAGAUCUGAUUUUCAUAGAUGUUUUGUUUAUUCAUUAUACUUGCAAAAUAAAAGUUUAACUUUUACAUGU